AUGAUAACUACCACCAGAAAUGCCCAGACUGGUUACUCUCAAACUCCUACUUUGAACUGCCAUGGAAGAGCAUUGACAUCAAGAUCUCACUAUGCAUCGAAUUUUCCUAUCAUGCAACUUUCUAGAGCACCUUCUAUUAAGAAUCGGAGAAUGGCGUGCAUCAACUCAAUGGCAAAUGUAACUACUUAUUUAAUCCUUUGCUUUGGUAUGUCUUGGGCUCUUGUGUCUCACAUAACCCUGUUGUAUCAGGAUGUUGAGCUACAGGCAAAAGUGACAACCAAGUGUUUCUUUGAUGUUGAAGUUGGGGGUGAAACUUUGGGUAGAAUUGUAGUUGGCCUUUUUGGAGAUGUUGUCCCAAAAACUGCUGAGAACUUCCGUGCCUUGUGCACAGGGGAUAAAGGGUUUGGUUACAAAGGAUGCUCCUUCCAUCGUAUUAUCAAAGACUUCAUGAUCCAAGGAGGGGACUUUACUAGAGGAGAUGGAACUGGAGGAGAGAGCAUAUAUGGUUCUAGAUUUAAAGAUGAGAGCUUUGCCUUGAAGCAUGUUGGACCUGGUGUGUUGAGCAUGGCAAAUGCAGGUCCAGAUACCAAUGGGAGCCAAUUUUUCAUUUGUACUGUGAAGAUGUGGAGAGAUACUUUCUCCUCUAUGUUUGGAUCUGGAAAGAUAGCAUUAAAAAGAAAUGUAAAAUGUCUAGAGAUAGCAUUUCAAAGUAAAUGCCAUUUAAAGUUGAGUGCUUGUCAUAGAGGAACAUUGGAAACAAGAAUGUUAAGAAGAAAAGAAGGCUAUGGUAGUUUGUUAGUUUUCCUCAUAAGAAAGACUCCAUGGUUGGACAACCGCCAUGUUGUGUUUGGACAUGUCAUUGACGGAAUGGACGUUGUGCGCAAGCUUGAAUCUGUUGAGACGAGCAGAAUCAUCCAAUUUUCUCGAGGGCAAUCACCCCCUCGAUUUUGCAUUAGUUCUGGGAAACUUCAUCAGCCGCUCAUAGAAAUGUGA